AUGAGUCCGUCAGUGCUCCACACGUCAGUCAGUCCGUCAGUGCUCCACACGUCAGUCAGUCCGUCAGUGCUCCACACGUCAGUCAGUCCGUCAGUGCUCCACACGUCAGUCAGUCCGUCAGUGCUCCACACGUCAGUCAGUCCGUCAGUGCUCCACACGUCAGUCAGUCCGUCAGUACUCCACACGUCAGUCAGUCCGUCAGUACUCCACUUGUCAGUCAGUACAUCAGUACUCCACACGUCCGUCAAUCACGCAGUCAGUACUCCACACGUCAGUCAGUACUCCACAAGUCAGUCAGUCCGUCAGUACUCCACACGUCAGUCAGUCCGUCAGUAUUCCACACGUCAGUCAGUCCGUCAGUGCUCCACACGUCAGUCAGUCCGUCAGUACUCCACACGUCAGUCAGUCCGUCAGUACUCCACUUGUCAGUCAGUACAUCAGUACUCCACACGUCCGUCAAUCACGCAGUCAGUACUCCACACGUCAGUCAGUCCGUCAGUACUCCACACGUCAGUCAGUCCGUCAGUGCUCCACACGUCAGUCAGUCCGUCAGUACUCCACAAGUCAGUCAGUCCGUCAGUACUCCACACGUCAGUCAGUACGUCAGUACUCCACACGUCAGUCAGUACAUCAGUACUCCACACGUCAGUCAGUCCGUCAGUAUUCCACACGUCAGUCAGUCCGUCAGUGCUCCACACGUCAGUCAGUACUCCACAAGUCAGUCAGUCCGUCAGUACUCCACUUGUCAGUCAGUACAUCAGUACUCCACACGUCCGUCAAUCACGCAGUCAGUACUCCACAUGUCAGUCAGUCCGUCAGUAUUCCACACGUCAGUCAGUCCGUCAGUACUCCACAAGUCAGUCAGUACUCCACAAGUCAGUCAGUCCGUCAGUACUCCACACGUCAGUCAGUACGUCAGUACUCCACACGUCAGUCAGUACGUCAGUACUCCACACGUCAGUCAGUCUGUCAGUACUCCACACGUCAGUCAGUCCGUCAGUACUCCACGCGUCCGUCAAUCACGCAGUCAGUACUCCACACGUCAGUCAGUCCGUCAGUACUCCACACGUCAGUCAGUACGUCAGUACUCCACACGUCAGUCAGUACGUCAGUACUCCACACGUCAGUCAGUACGUCAGUACUCCACACGUCAGUCAGUCCGUCAGUACUCCACACGUCAGUCAGUACGUCAGUACUCCACACGUCAGUCAGUCUAUCAGUACUCCACACGUCAGUCAGUACAUCAGUACUCCACACGUCAGUCAGUACGUCAGUACUCCACACGUCAGUCAGUCCGUCAGUACUCCACACGUCAGUCAGUACAUCAGUACUCCACACGUCAGUCAGUACUCCACACGUCAGUCAGUCCGUCAGUACUCCACACGUCAGUCAGUACGUCAGUACUCCACACGUCAGUCAGUCCGUCAGUAUUCCACACGUCAGUCAGUCCGUCAGUACUCCACACGUCAGUCAGUACAUCAGUACUCCACAAGUCAGUCAGUCUGUCAGUACUCCACACGUCAGUCAGUACAUCAGUACUCCACACGUCAGUCAGUACUCCACACGUCAGUCAGUCCGUCAGUACUCCACACGUCAGUCAGUACGUCAGUACUCCACACGUCAGUCAGUCCGUCAGUAUUCCACACGUCAGUCAGUCUGUCAGUGCUCCACACGUCAGUCAGUCUGUCAGUACUCCACACGUCAGUAAGUACAGGUAUCUUCAGCUAA